GGAGGCACUCAUUUUGCGUUGUUUGGUCAACCUAUGAGGACAAAGCGACAUGGGAAUUUAAUAAUUAUUAAUCCAACCAACGCCAGAUUCGUUUUCGUUAAUAUCGUUUUUAGCCCCCACAUCCCACCAUUUUAACUCUCUCCUCCAAUACUCACACACAUAUUAUUAUAUAAUAUAUGUAUAUGUACAUAUUGCUUUCAAAAGUGCGUGCUGCAAUAUAUAACACCUCGCUAGCGCUAUAGCUUUUCAGACAAAUAAUGGGUUCCGAUCAUGGCGUUUGCAACACUGGCCUUGGGCUUGGCCUAGACUCCUUCCACCACAAAGCAGAUCAUGAUCAUGAAGAUAAAGCGGCGUCGCUCAUGAAUAAGUCGUCAGGUCUUCAAUAUCACGAGAGCAAGAAGAAAUUGUGUCUGAGAUAUGACCACCUAUUGCCGUCUGAUCUAACGCUUGCCCCAUCAGAUGAAGGAUAUCAUCUUCAACCGGCUGAUCAAAAUACAUCUAAUUCGGAGCUGAUCAAUAUCCGGCGGGCCUCAUCGGAUUUGACGUCGUUUUCGAAUUCCUCCACUACUGUGAAGAGGGAUAGAGAUAUUAUUAGCGGUGAAGAAGUAGAGAUAGAGAGAGUAGUGUGUUCGAGAGUAAGUACUACUAAUGAUCAGGAAGAUGAAUUAGAAGGUAGUCCCAGGAAGAAACUCAGGCUUACUAAACAACAAUCUGCCCUUCUUGAAGAUAGCUUCAAAGAGCAUACCACUCUCAAUCCGAAGCAAAAGCAAGACCUGGCAAAACAACUGAAUCUACGGCCACGACAAGUAGAAGUUUGGUUCCAAAACAGGCGGGCCAGGACUAAGCUGAAGCAGACUGAAGCUGAAUACGAGCAAUUGAAGAAGUGUUGCGAGACACUGACGGAGGAGAACAAAAGGCUACAGAAGGAGCUGCAAGAGCUUAAAUCACUGAAGCUGGCAGCGCCAUUUUUUAUGCAGUUUCCGACGUCGACAACGCUCACUAUUUGCCCAUCUUGUGAGCGGAUUUGCGGAGGCGACGGCGGCGCCUCUUCCGCGAGCUCUUUGCUGAUUGGACCAAAGUCUCACUUCUCCAAUCCCUUCACUACUCAUCCCUCUGCAGCUUGCUAGGCAUAUCCAAGAAGAUCAGACAGCGCUGUACGUUCAUAUGUAUGAUUAUGAUUAAUUAGCUCCGACGUCAUAGAUAUAUUAAUUAAGGGAGUUUCUUUUUUUUUUUGAAAACUUAAAGGUUAGUUUUGUAACUACUUGUAGGAAUCUACACUUAAUUAUUACAUAUUUGUAAAUAUCAAUCUAGUUAAGUGAUCAAUAUUUAUGAGCAAUAUUAUUUCCUAUAUACAUACAUCAU